AUGGCUACUUCCAAAUACCGCACCACGCAGUACACGUCUGAGGAAUUUGUUGAAAGCAGCGGUGCUAUUCUAUUUGACCUGUCAAAUGAGACGCAGCGCGUCUGCUUGAUUCACUACAAUGUAAAGAACGAAUGGCUUCUAGCAAAAGGUCGACGAAAUUGUGGCGAAUCUCGACUUGAGGCUGCUUUGAGAGAAGUGGAGGAGGAAACUGGCUAUAAAUGCCACGCUCAUCCUGUUACGAUGUCGACUCGUGCACCCCAAAAAACAGAAGCGGAUAAUGUUCCAGACCAAGCUCGGUCGUACCCCGGUCUGAGUGAGCCUUUCAUGCUCACCAUUCGCGAGCUAAAUAAGGAAGGCGCAAAAUUAAUUUGGUGGUACAUCGCUGCAAUAGAUGGGGACCUAAGUGGCAGCACACCAUCCGCAGACUGCGAUUUCAGAGCUGAGUUUUUUACAUACGACGAAGCUUUGCAAAGGUUGACAUUUCAAGAAGACCGCGACAUCUUGGCAAGGGCAAUCACUUUAGUGAGAGGUUCAUGA